UGAUCUUUCGUAAGACUAUUCGAAGUUCGUCCGUCCUCUCUAACUAUAUCGACUUAUAAAACGCAACUCCCAUGUAAUGUCGUACUUUUAAAUGUUCGCAAAAUUAAUACAUCAGACAACAGUUGUGAAUUAAGAAUUUUGAUUGUAAUUUGUCUUGGUAAUUUUUAAAACUAGGUUUUUAAUUUUUGUCUACUGUGUACAACAAAAGAUUUAAAGUAAUCGUCUAUUGCUGAAGUCGUUUAUUCAACUAAUUUCCCAUUAUGAAUGCACUCAAGUGAAAACACACUCAGAAAUUUAUCGCCACCGUACCACACGACCGGCGUUCCGUUCACCAUGCCCGUUGAUUACAUUGGAUUUGCGUACGCCGCAACGGUGGCAGCCGGAGGCAUCAUCGGCUACGCAAAAGCAGCAAGUAUUCCAAGUCUGUCGGCAGGUUUGUUGUUUGGCUCUCUACUUGGAUAUGGUGCAUAUCAAACAACAAAAAACCCCAAUAACUUGGCCCUUUCAUUGGGUACAAGUGCAGUUCUAGGAGGAAUAAUGGGUGUUCGUUAUCUUAAUAGCGGAAAAGUCAUGCCAGCUGGUAUACUGGCAGCUUUAAGUUUGGCCAUGGUGAUCAGAUUGGGUGCUAGACAAGUUAUUGUUUGGUCGGCAAAAAACGAAUAGACAAUCCUGGAGAAAAUACUGAAGUACUACAACAACCAUCACUAUCAGUUCAAAAUGUUAUACAAGAGCAAAAUAACGAGCCAAAAGAAUUAUUAGAGGGCAAUCAUGCAAAUGUUUGAAAAUCAUUGCAUAUUUGCAUUUGCCCUUUAGUUCUUAUCUCCAGGAUUGUGUAUACAGCUCUUAGUCAAUACUGCUUAAUAUAAAAUUAGAAUAGUUUAAAUUUAAAUAAUAAUUUAAUUAUAAUUUUUGGUGGUUUGGGUCAAUUUUACCAUUAUUUAUGAUUACGCUUUAUAUAAAUAUUUUUUUUUUUAAUGAUUUGUAUCAAAAUAAAAACAAAAAAAAAACUAAAACACUUGUUUAACUUAUUUAUCAUAUAUUUUUUGUAUGUACAUUUCUGUCACUUAAAAUACUUAGACUAAACAACAUCUUAAUUAGUUAAAAUAAAAUAUCAUAGGCAGAAAAGUUGUAUUUGCCCACUCAAUAAUUACAAAUAAAAAUAAACAAAAAUAAGUUUUGAAUCACAUAAAUGUCGUAGUUUCGAAAUCUUUUUCAGUCCAGUUUUAUCCUAGAGUUGUCGAGGAACAAUAUUAUUUGAAUCGGAUAAAAAAAGAUUCCAAAACACGAGAACGUAAUACAUAAUGUUGUUAUAUUAUAAUAUCAUUAUGAACUUAUCAUAUAGGGCGGCUUAUCACAAUAAAAAUAUCUCCCAAUCGAGAAUGAGUAUAUUAUGUGGACAAUGUAUAGGGUUUUCAUAAAGAUUAAUUGUUUGUCGUUGAGUCACACCACAACUAAUAAAUAAUGAUAAAAAUAAAACA